GCUCUGAGUGACACUGGACAGAAGGACCUGGCCGUGGAGCAGGAUGUGGCCAAGGAGAUCAUCCUGGGCAUCCGAGCUGUGGAGCCACCGGAGGAAGGCGAGAUCACUGAAGAGGUGGAACCACGUAUAAAGGUCUUCUCCAGCAGCACCUGGGAUGCAUGGGGCCCCCACCAAGACCCAAUGGGACCAGAGGAGGACCGUGACCACCUCCACCACCCCCAGGAUGAUGUCAUGGACGUCGAUGCCCAUGGGCCAUCCCGCACACUGGCCCUGGAGGUGCAGAGUGGCCCGGAGCAGGACCGUGACCAUCUCCACCACAGUUGA